GACAGAGAGAGACGGGGGAGAGAGGGGUCCACACAGACAUAGAGAGAGAGAGGGGAGAGAGAGGUCCACACAGACAGAGCUAGAGGGAGAGAGAGAGAAAUGGCGCCUCGAUGCUGAGCUCACUGAGCCAGUGUUUGGAGCCGGCUAGAGAGAUCCAGUGAGGGCAGACAAAAGGAAGGAAACAUGGUGAACACAAGGAAGAGCUUGCGGACGCGGACUGGCCCCUUCAUCUCAUCCAGGACGAGGUCGUCGUCGAGAAACGAGCGGAACUCUGAGGAACAUAAGGACCCCGGCAGUGAUGCAAGCAGUCCAAGCAGCCCGCGGUUGGCACCCCCUUCUAAACGAACGCGGCGGCAGGUUGCCUCUGAGCCAAGCUCCAGCGAUACCUCCCCAUCCCCUCAGACUAAGGGCCAGAGGGUCAGCUGGGACAUCCCCACCUACCACACCAGGCUGUCCUCUCGGAUAAUGCAAAAUGGGCACGCCCAUAUGAAUCAUAGGAGCGAGGAGAGCGGAGGGGGAGACCACUCCCGGAUGAACGGCCAUGUGGAGCUGAAGAAGAGCUGCAGGGUGAAGAAGAGCCAGUUUGAACACCUCAAUCAGAGCCUGCUGUUUGAUCAGCUGGUCAACAGCACCGCUGAGGCAGUUCUCCAGGAGAUGGACAACAUCAGCAGCAUCAGGCAAAACCGAGAGGUGGAGCGACUUCGCAUGUGGACCGGAGAAACUGAGGAGGAAAAUAUGGACAUGUAUUCCCGAGUGAAGCGCAGGAAAUCCAUGCGCAGGAGCACUUUCAACAUGCCCGCGCACCACAAAGUCAUGAGCAAGACGGAGCAGGAGGAGGAAGGGACGGAAGAAUCUCAUGGUGAGGAAGAGGAAGAAGACGCAGAGGAUGACGAUGAGGACGAUGAAGGGGAUGAAGCGGAGGAGGCAGGAGAGGAAAACGACAGGCCGUACAACCUGAGGCAGCGCAAGACCGUGCAGAGAUACGAGGCACCACCUAUCGAGCCUGUAAACAGAAGGCAGAGCAACCCUUCGCUUUUCGACACGCACAGAUCCCCAGCAAGGAGAAGCCAUAUAAGAGUGAAGAAACACGCCAUACACAGCAGCGACACCACGUCGUCUUCUGAUGAGGAGCGGUUCGAACGGAGAAAAAGCAAGAGCAUGACCCGGGCCAGGAACAGAUGCUUGCCCAUGAACCUGACAGCGGAGGAUUUGGCCAGCGGGGUGCUGCGUGACCGGGUGAAAGUGGGUGCGAGUCUGGCCGACGUGGACCCCAUGAACCUCGACAGCUCGGUAAAAUUCGACAGUGUGGGUGGCCUCAGUAAUCACAUUCAGUCUCUGAAGGAGAUGGUGGUGUUCCCUCUGCUGUAUCCUGAGAUCUUUGAGAAAUUCAAGAUUCAGCCUCCCAGAGGGUGUUUGUUUUACGGCCCGCCAGGAACGGGAAAGACACUGGUUGCGCGGGCGCUUGCCAACGAGUGCAGUCAGGGAGACCGGAAAGUUUCGUUCUUCAUGAGGAAAGGAGCCGACUGCCUCAGCAAGUGGGUCGGGGAAUCGGAACGGCAGCUCCGCCUGCUCUUUGACCAGGCUUACCUGAUGAGACCAUCCAUUAUUUUCUUUGAUGAGAUCGAUGGUUUGGCUCCUGUUCGCUCCAGCAGGCAAGACCAGAUACACAGUUCUAUCGUGUCCACUCUGCUGGCCUUGAUGGACGGCUUGGACAGUCGUGGGGAGAUAGUGGUCAUCGGUGCUACAAACAGACUUGACUCUAUCGACCCGGCACUCAGGAGGCCUGGACGCUUUGACCGGGAGUUUCUGUUCAGCCUGCCCGACAAGAAGGCCAGAAAGCACAUAUUGGAGAUUCACACGCGGGACUGGAAUCCAAAAUUGGCUGAGCCAUUCAUAGAUGAACUUGCAGAAAAAUGCGUCGGCUACUGUGGAGCUGACAUCAAAGCACUUUGCACAGAGGCGGCCUUGGUGGCGCUGCGCCGCCGCUACCCCCAGAUCUACGGCAGCAGCGUCAAGCUGAAGCUGGACGUCACCUCCAUCGUCCUCGGCCCCGGCGACUUCAGCAAGGCGAUGAGGACAAUAGUCCCGGCCUCCCAGAGGGCUCUGGCUCCCCCGGGCCGAGCCCUGUCCCCCGCCCUCAGGCCCCUGCUGGCCAGCUCUUUCUCCUUGGUGCUGAAAGCUCUGCUCCGAGUCUUCCCCCAUGCUCAGUGUACUGACAGGGACAACACACACGGCGUCGACAAUCACCUGCUCGAAGAGGAUUUGUACAGCGACGACGACAAUGAGGGCGGCUCUGCUUCCAUCUACGAAGUCCAGCCGGCUGCUUCCCCAAAGAGUCAACUCCCCUCCUCCACAAUGCACAGACCCUUUCUUCACUUCUCCUCCUCCGCGCUCCAACAGCCCACAGCAUACAGGCCACGUCUGCUCCUGGCAGGGGCCCCAGGCUCAGGCCAGAGCUCCCACUUGGCCCCUGCCCUCCUCCACCACCUGGAUAAGCUACCAGUGCACCGCUUGGACUUGCCCACUCUCUACUCCGUCAGCGCCAAGACGCCAGAGGAGUCCUGCGCUCAGGUUUUCCGCGAGGCCCGGCGGAGCGUGCCCAGCGUGGUGUACAUGCCUCACGUCUCCGAGUGGUGGGACACCGUCAGCGACACGGUGAAGAGCACCUUCCUCACCCUGCUGCAGGACGUGCCCUCCUUCUGCCCCGUCCUCAUCCUCGCCACGGCUGAGACUCACUACUCGAGGCUGUCAGAUGAGGUGAGAAGUAUGUUCCAGAGGACCUAUGGAGAGGUGCUAACACUGAGCCCUCCAGGAGAAGAGGACAAGAGAAAAUUCUUCUCCGACCUUCUGCUGGUUCAAGCCGUGAAGCCUCCUCCUCGCCUCAGGAGUACAGAGAGGUGCGAAGAGGUUUUGCCGGUGGCGGAGGCUCCGGGCCCCAGAGAGCUCUCGGCUGAGGAGCAGCGCCGCCUGGCUGAGCAGGAGGAGAACACGUUACGCGAGCUCAGGCUCUUUCUCAGGGACGUGACCAAGCGCCUGGCCACUGACAAACGCUUCAACAUCUUCAGCAAGCCGGUCGACAUCGAGGAGGUGUCGGACUACCUGGAGGUGAUUAGGCAGCCCAUGGACCUCUCCACUGUCAUGACAAAGAUUGACACACACAAGUACUUGACGGUCAAGGACUUCCUGGUGGACAUCGACCUCAUCUGCAGUAACGCUUUAGAGUACAACCCGGACAAGGAUCCUGGAGACAAGGUGAUCAGGCACCGAGCGUGCAGCUUAAAGGACACGGCACAUGCUAUAUUUGCCGCCGAGCUGGACCCCGAGUUCGACCGCAUGUGCGAGGACAUCAAGGAGGCACACAAAAAGAGAGGCCUCCAGAUGCCGGCUCAGCCGCCGGCACCUCCCAGUGCUGUGGCGACCAGGAAGCACCCGGGCGCCGGAGAGGAGCCGGCCAGGAGCAGCGCUCAGGGCGAGGCCGCCGACAAGCCGUGCACCACGAAUCACGUAAAGAAGAAAAUUCGCCGGCGGCCGUCUUGGGGGCGAGGCAUCAUCCGGAAGAAAAAGAAGGAGCACAAGAAAGGAGCAGAGGAGGAGGAGGAGGAGCCCGAGGUGGAGGUGGAAAUGGCGGGGCCCAGUGACUCAUGCUUGACGCAGGACGAGGAAUCGUCGUGCGACACCACCGGCCCCCAGCCCAACGGCCACCUUCCCCACCUCCCCUCCACCGAGGAGGAGAGCUCCAACGAGCCCCCGGUCGCCAUUCCCGCCAAACCUCCGGAAGCCAGCGAAGCCACAGAGGAGCCAGCGCCCAAAGAGGAGGAGCCCACAGCUGAGGAGGCCGAGCCUGGGGACAAAACGGAAGGCGGCGAGCCUCUCUGCCCUGACAGCAACUCACACACCAGUGGAGACAUUGACCCUCAGGUCAAACAGGCCGACGCCCAACCCUCGAAAGAAAUGUCCGAGUCUUCGGAUACCGAAGUCCGGCCGGAGCACACGGAGGGUCUCCUCGUUUCACAAGUGGACUGUGUGAAUGGAAAUGAGUCGUUGGAUAGCUUGGACUCGCAGAGCCUCAAAACCAGCAGUGAGGCUGUGAUAAGAACUCCUACGAGCACGGCCGAGGACUCGGAACAGCCCGAACAGGAAGAGCACAACGACAACAAUGAGAGCAAACCCACUCAGGAGCUCCGUCCUCAAGAUGCCAGCGCAGCAAGGGAAACGACUGAUGAAGGUCCAGAUAGAGAAGAUGGUUCCGUAGUGAUGGAAAGCCUGUCGAGCCCGUCGGAACAGCUAAAAGGAUCUGCAGAAAGGGUGGAGGAAGAGGAGGAGCCUCCACCUGUCCCUCCUCAUCCUCCAGUUGUGGUCGACCACCAGAGACUCCUGGCGCUGCUGGAUGCGGUGGUGAGGAAGAGCGAGGGCUACAGCGUGGAGCAGCUGGAGCGUCUGUACUCGCUGCUCAGCCAGUGCAUCUACCAGCACCGCAGAGAGUACGACAAGACCCGGCUACUGGAGGAGAUGGAGGAGAGAAUCCAGCAUUUUGAUACAUUCCUGUGAGAGGAGGAGAGAAUAUACCUAUCAGGUAGAUCCUGAACAGCUUGGGACCACAAAGACUCUCUCUCACACACUCACGUACACACUCUCACACACACACACACACACACACACAUAAACUGAGCAAAGCGGGAAUGAAGGCGCCUCUGAGUCCAGCGCUUAUCACGGAAACACUGAAACUCCGGCGCCGCUCGGAAAAAAAUAAAAUAAAAAAAUAAACGAGGACGGAUACAAGAGACAUUCAAUGGUGCUAUCGUCUCAGGAACCUGGCCAGAUCCAGACCCACUCUACACAACCAAACCCCUGCAGGUGUGUCGGCCACACACACAUACACUCACACACACACGCACACACAACGUACACGGACGGCGACGGGCCACCCUGGUGCUACUCGGGUGCUAUUCUCUUCUAUCCUCUUAUCCAUGCUGCUCUCGGAACUCUCGACGUGGGACGACUGGCGGAUCGGGCGACGUCGCGUCGCUCGCUUCAGCGCGCUUUAGCACGCACACACACACACACACUGAACCACCUGACAUGUGUUUCCACGCACGCUCACUCAGACCCUCACCAGCAACAAGUGUGUAUGCAGACGGGGCGGCGCCGAGCCACACCGCCCUCGCCCCCAGCGUGAAGAAGCGCUCCGCCCUCAGUUCUUACUCGUCUUUUUUCGUGUGUUCGAUUGCCGUUCGUCCCUACUUGACCGGUCCGAUGGACAUCUGAGCCACCGCCGAGGAUCCUCAGUUUACACCGCAGACACAAGCGUCGCGAGGCAGCGGCACCGGACGCGGCGACGGAGCGUUAGCGGCGAGAAGCGCUCGCUCUCGCCUCGGGCGGAUCGCCGCGCCUCCCUCGCUAGCUACAUCCAGCAUGAAUGUUUUCCCUUUUCGCCACUUCGUGUUUUUGUUUUUGUUGUUUUUUUUUUUCCCCCGUCGUCACCCCAGCCGAGGAACUGGAAGCAGUACAGAUCGGAAGCAGCGGCCGCAGUUUGCACUGCCUAGCGUGUGCCUUAUUCCAAACCUCACAGGAGACGGAUACACUCAGCAGGACGCCGUGACGACUCGUAACCACUGAGGUCACCGCGACCUCCGGGCCCAUCGGGUUGAUGACGAGAAUUUCUGGAUCUCGUUCCAAAAUUUAACCCGAGCCAAUAAAAUACAGGUGCUUUUCAAAACAUUAGCGUAUUUAGUAAAAAAGUCGUAGAUCUCUCGCCCUCCGGGGUGAAGCUCCGCCCUUCGUAGUUCUCCAUAUGCAACAAGAGGAAGUGAAACGGCGGCGGAGCGGGGGAGGGCUGGACGUGCCAAGUGUUUGUCAGCUGACCCGGUUCUGAACGGUGCUGCCGGUUCUGCUCACCGGCGUUCUGUCCACUCUGGAUACGUUUCACCAGGCGGUCAUGACAGCUGAUGUAUUAUUUGGUGUGUUUGAAAAUCAUUUUGUACUCUUUUUUUUUUUUUUUUUUUUUUCAUCGACUGCUUGAAUUGAGAUUGUUUUUGUCUCUUUCUCUGCUCGGGUUGUGAAUCCAUGACGAACAAGGCCAUUCUAGGCAGUGCCCCUUCACUCAAGUGUACAAAGCAUUACUGUGUCUCCUUUGUGUCGAUGUUCUCCUUUUCAGACUUUAUGGAUUUCUUUUUGUUCUGUUUCCUAAACGCCACACAAGAGAAGCUGGAUUCUCACCUGUGCCCCCCCCCCCCCCCCCCCCAUCCCAUAAUACAUGUUUCCAUCAAGGUGUUUUCUGAAGCUUUAUAAAGUUAGUUUUUUUUUUAUUCUGAGUUCUGAAUGCAGACUGAAGGCUCCCUCCUCUCCUCUCACAGUACACCCACCUCUGCCUCCCCCCCCCCCCCCUCAAACUGUAUGCAUACUGGCGACCGGCGGGUCGGACUACUGCGGAGAGAGUGAACGUAAGAAAACGAUGCUACCUCAGCUUAAUUUAUUUGAAGCCGAAACUUGUUUACUGGGUACAGACACAGUAUUUCCCCCCCUCCCACCUUCUCCUUUUCUAAAUACUGUCAAGACACCUAAAAGUACCGCCUUUCGGUACCGGGUCGGCGUUGCCAUGACGACAGCCGCUGCAGUAACUCAAGACUUUGUUGUUGUUCAUAUCAUCCGAUCGUCCAGACGGUGAUGGCAUGCGUUUGAAUUUUUUUUUGUUUUGCGCCUAGUUUCUACUGUACUUUGACACAGAGGAGAGCCCCAGAUCUGCCCCCCCAACACACACACACACACACACACACACACACACACACACACAAACUGCCUCCUCACACACCUCCCCACCUCUCCCCCUGUAAAUGUUUGAUUUCCAGGUUCUCAUCUCGUGUAUUUAUGAUUAUGAGACAUGUUUUACACCUUUGUUUUUUUGUACGUUGAAUUAAUUAAGAUGUCUGUCUGAACCUUUGUUUUUUUGUUUUGGUUUUGUUUUUUUUUUUGCUGAAUUGCAUAGCGUCUGUGUAGCAGGUUGGAGUUGGCGUGUGAGGGGGGGAAUUCAAGGGGUUUACAGCUCUCUCAGGUUCAACACGCAGCAACACGUCGUUUCAGCUUUUUCUAUUUAUUUCGCGUGUGGCGACCGUUCCCUCCGCUCAGAGCGGCGACGGUCGAGGGCCGAGCAUCGGGACACUCGGCGUCCCACUGAGAGAGAGAGAGAGAGAGAGAGAGACCGGACCAGACUUUCCUCUCAAAUGUUCUUCACUUUGUCUCCAGUUUCUGCCAAAAGAGUUAUUUUUUAUGAA